ACAGCUUUCUUUUCGUAGUAAGCAGCUGCAUUCAUUUACAACUUUACACGGUUUUAGACAUUUAUUUUCUACAAAAACUAAAGCGAGCGACAUGCUCCGAGUUACUCCAACGGAUGUAGAACAUACUUCAAGAGGGAAUUUUUCGUUUUUGAAUCAGGAGGUUUUCAUUAUGAAAUAAAUUACUGGUGAGGACAUGCAGGCAUUGCUCUUAUUGAUCUUCAGCAACACAGUGUCGCUGCUUGAAAGUGCAAAAGCUGAUGUUCAAAAAGGAAUCGUAGAACGGAGACGAAGAUCUUUCGUUUCCGAACUACCGCUGCAUUGUCCACCAUGCGAACAAGUUCACUGUAAUAAUUAUGUACGCUGCAAAGGAGGGUUCAGUUUUGACGUCUGCGACUGUUGCAAAGUGUGUGCCAAGUUAGAAGGGGAACAGUGCGGUGGUCACUACAAUUACCUCGGAAGAUGUGACAAAGGACUGACUUGCCAGCCGAGGGAACCCGCAGAAGUGACAUUUUUUAAAGAUGGUGUGAAGAAAGUCUACAGGGUGGAAAGAGGUCUUUGUAAAAAAGUUUCUUCUUGCAAAUCGAAAUGUGAUCCCGUGUACUGCUCACAAAAUCCCACCGCGAUAUGCUCAGCUGUAGACAAUUCGGACAAAAUGCUGCAGUGCCAAGGCGUAUGUCAGCAUACUUCCUGCCGUGCAUGUAAAUUCAUGAUGCCACCACAAGUAUGUCCUAAAUGUUCCAGUUAUGAUUUCAGGUGCAUAAGGAGAUUCGGAAAAUGCACUCAGAAAAACGAAAGCAAAGCCAAACGGAAUUCUUGCAAAAAGCUGAAGACGAGUUCUAAACAAGUUUUCCGUUGCCGAGUUCCAGAAUGUGAAUGAAUGCCUUUGAAAUCAUCAUAGUAUAUUUAUAUAUAUAUAUAUGUAUUUCAAUAAAAUUUUUUGAUACUUUCA